UCACGGCGUCCAGAGCGAGGCUGGGGUAGAGAGGCCGACCGAGCAGAAGUCGUCCGCCUGUCGUGGAGGCUGCCAGGAGUCGGCGAGGGGUGCGCGGGCGAGCGGCGAUCGGGCGAGCGAGCUAGAGCGGGCCGGAGGGAGCGUGGCGCGGCGGGGCGCCGGGGCGGCCCCACAGCCGGAGAGAGCGGCGGAGCCGGGCGCCGCGGGGUCCCCACCCCCACUCGGCCGAACCGGGCCGGUGUUCCCCCGUGCGGGGGGCGGCGGCGGCGGCUGACGGGACCCGACGGGACCCGACGGGAUCGGGGGUGUUGCCACCUCCGCCGAGGAGCCGGCGCGGCCGCGGGCUCCUCAGAGCCGGGGCCGGGCCCUUGACAGACGGGGCCGAGGACCGGAGAGAGGCAGCGGCGGCGCAGGCGACGGGGAGGCGGCGGCGACACCAUGUCAUCCCCCAGUCCCGGCAAGAGGCGGAUGGACACGGACGUGGUCAAGCUCAUUGAGAGUAAACACGAGGUUACGAUCCUGGGAGGACUCAAUGAGUUUGUAGUGAAGUUUUAUGGACCACAAGGAACACCGUAUGAAGGCGGAGUGUGGAAAGUUAGAGUGGAUCUUCCUGAUAAAUACCCUUUCAAGUCUCCAUCUAUAGGAUUCAUGAAUAAAAUUUUCCACCCCAACAUUGAUGAAGCGUCAGGAACUGUGUGUCUAGAUGUAAUUAAUCAAACUUGGACAGCUCUUUAUGAUCUUACCAAUAUAUUUGAGUCCUUCCUGCCCCAGUUGCUGGCCUACCCCAACCCCAUCGAUCCUCUGAACGGCGAUGCUGCAGCAAUGUACCUCCACCGGCCAGAAGAAUACAAGCAGAAAAUUAAAGAGUACAUCCAGAAGUACGCCACGGAGGAGGCGCUGAAAGAGCAGGAAGAGGGCACCGGGGACAGCUCGUCGGAGAGUUCAAUGUCAGACUUUUCGGAAGACGAGGCCCAGGACAUGGAGUUGUAGUAGAAAAAGCACCUGCUUUUCAGAAAGACUAUUAUUUCCUAACCAUGAGAAGCAGACUAUAAUAUUCAUAUUUAAACAAAGCAAUUUUUUUUAUUACUAAACAAGGUUUUUAUGAAUAAUAGCAUUGAUAUAUAUAUAUUAUAUAUCACCCUUUAGAUCUUGAUUUCUUGGUCAUUUCUCACCUGGAGGUGCAUAGCAUAUUCCCACAUUCCAUUUUGGUAGCAAUAUGCGGUCCGAAUGCAUGCAUUCAUGAGUCCGUUUGGCCAAGUCAGCUUGUGUGCUACUGAACUGUCAGAAGAACUAGCCGCUCUGAUAGGUAGACGUAAGAAUGACAGGAAGAAGUUGCUUCUUUUAUUGAUGGUUCCAAAGAAACAAACCAAACCAGCCGGCACUUGGACAUGCAGACAGAAUAGUGUUUUCUCGAAGUGGUCAGGAAGAACUGGGGGAGAAAGAGGUCUGCCUUGGGAACACUGAGAGCCAGCCACGUAGGAAUCCGAGCUGUUCCUCCCAGUGGGCCCACGCUGGCCCCCGGCCUGUGCAGUCAUGGUAGGAAACGAAGCUAACUGGGGGGUCGAGACUUCAUGAAGUACAUUCUUACGUGUCGAUUCCUGCCCUUCACGCAGCCGGGCCCUGCUGCCACAGCGUUCUGCCUGGGAGAACCUUCUGGAAGUGUUUUCAAAACCUGAUUGUUUUUCUUGAGGUCAAGCUGGUAAGCCAGACCCAAAAGGGACCGGGAAGAGGUUUGGUCACAUGCUGCCCCUCGGCCGGCGGCGUGGAGAGCUUUGCGUUAGAGGGUGGUGGUUUCUGUGUGGGUCGGGGGGUUGUGUGUGAAUUGUGCUUAGACAGGUGACAGAUUUAGCCAUGCCCUGCCUGUGAGGCUGGGGCAUGCUCCUUGGCGUUUUGGUUUGGUUUUCUUCUUCUGCUGCCGUUCCUGGCUGCAGCCUGGUCCUUAUCUGGGAAUGGGUAUUGUAGACGCGACGUGCAUUCUAAAUGUAACACAGAUAAAUAAUUGGAAUAAAUAAAGCUUCUUGUACCCAAAGUGGCCAAAGUGGAAAAAGCUUUUCUUAAGGGAUGGCUGACUAGGAAGGAGGGGCUCAGGGUGCAGGGAGACAGGUCCUGAAAGCAGAGACAGAGGAAGGGAGUUGGAAUGUUUGCUUGGCCAACCCUGACGGCCAGAUCCCAGAUCCCAGAUCCCGGGCUGCCUCUUGGAGGAGGGGUGGGAGGAGUUUCAGGCUGCAGCCCUGUGUGGUUGUGUUGUUGGUGUUGUUCCAGCCAAUGGGACAAGAGCAGAAUCAGCCAAUCCUAAAGACAAUUUCUGAAUGUCCCGCUGGGCUCACCUUCCCUUUCUCUGGGUUUUAGUUUAGAAGUGCUGUGCUCCGGAAGUCGGAAGUCGAUGAGGGUGGAAGCCGCCCUGUCUUUAUUUAAAAAGCACAAUCAAUCAAUCUUUUCUUUGAGAAUCUAUAUAAAGGACAACCUGCUUUUAGCAUGAUUAUUUUCCUAAAUAAAAAAAUACAAAGAAUUUACUUAUUUUAUGUUAAUUACGGGCAUGAAGGAAAAGGUUUUUCUUUAAAAUUGGGAAGUGCGGUUGUGUAGGGCUGUGGUUAGUUAACUGUACUGAUCGCCCUCUAGCGUUUGUGGCUUGUUGGAAGGUAGAACUAACUUGAACACGUGAUGGUGUGCUUUAACUCGUCCCUUGCUCGCGGGAGGGAGGGUCCCCGCCAGCACCGUCCGGCUCGCUUUCCUGCUGACCUUAGCAGUGUGCUUGUGCUGUAACUUUUACCGUAGGUGCUAUUUAGGGUAGACUUAAAGUGCUGGGUGCUGAUUUGAGUUCAAACAAUAAAAAAAAUGUAUUUUUUCAAUAUUGUAUAAACAAUAGUGCUCUAAUUACCUUUCAAAAAAAUAAUGUCCAGAUAAGAAUUGCUUUUGAUCUUGUCCAAAAACAGCUAGUUAGAACCAAGUUUCAGGACAGCCUGCCCCUCACCUGAAUCCACUUUUCUCGAAUGCAAAGAUAUCAUUCGCCUCCGGUCAGGAGCUCCAACAGCAGAGCGGAUGGGGCGGCCGCCCCGUGCUGGGUUGCUGUGGGUAGGUGGGGGAGCUGAGUGACGAAGGCACAGCACUGCACGCUCUGUCCCGUGCAAGUCUCUCUGUGGGCCAGGCCUGGCCUGUGUGAGCUCAGUGGGGCUUUUCCCCUCUACACUGCAGAAUGGACUUGAGAGGUUGAACAGGAGCCUUCCCCACACCUGGGAGAGGGGAGUACAGAACAACUUAGAGGGGCAGAAGGCCUGGCUGUGAGCCUGGGCCCCCAGGAGGAGGUGGGAGAGGAAGGGGUUACUGACACCAUGGCCCCUCCCCGCUGCCCACGGUCACCCCCUACCAGCACGAGCCUUGAAGUAAAUGAGCUCAGGCUCCGGCCAGGCACCCAACGAGCAAGGCGGCGGCAUCUACUCCCCAGUACCAGGGCCACCAACCUGGGCGUUGGCAUCCUGGCUGCGUGCAGUGUCGCCGCCCACUGGAGGGCGCUGUUCCAACUCGGCCAGCGUUUUAUCUUACAGAAGUGAGAUGGUUCUCUUACGGUGCCAUAAAAGCUCUCUGGGACCCAGCACUUUUCGGCCACUUCCCAAGCUGCUGUAGCAGCCAGCUGGUGGUGGAAGCCCCCUGCUGCGCCCCGCUGGCCUUGGCCUGAGCCUGGCCUCUCACCAGGCUUUCUGUUGGGACAGCUGAGAGGCACGGCAGAGCCUGAGCCUGCCCCCGGGGUCCGGAUGCUGUAACCUCGUGUUUGACUUUAAGAGGCAGUGGCCCUUCGGCGGCUCAGUGACGCAGUCACGAGCGGAAGCUCACCAGUGUCAUUUCAUCCCCUCCCUCGAGGGAGAUCAGAUUGUUUCUGAUUGGGCAAAGAACUGCAUUUCUUUGGACUUCUGAAUCCAUGUUCGUACUUUCUGUGGCUACUGAACACCGCGGCAGUUCCAUUGGAGGGGGGGUGCCCCUUGGGAAGCGAUAGUCAGUCCUCAGGUGAGCCCCGUUUCCACUCACCCGAGCGAGGGCCAGUCCUGUUAAUUUAGCAAAUACGUGUCUUGGCUGUGGGCUUGGGAAGAAAUGGCCAUUAUAUACUGAUUGUAUUUGGUACAUAUUGUGUGAUACUUGAAGAGAUAAAAGGGACAUACCAGCCCUUAAUUGAGAUCUAAGCUUUUUUUCUGCUUAUUUUUUCUCACCCAAUCUCCUCCCUUCCACCUUUUCCCUCGCAUUGUGAUGAUCUCGUGGGCAUGCCUGUCCCCAGGACAAACGCAGCCUCUGACUAUAACCUCUUAAUAGUUGUGUAUAAUGAAAAUGUAAACUUUUUUAAAUAAAAUGUGUACAUACCUUG